GAGUAUAACAAAUACAAAAACCAAGAACCACAAGAAAGAAAAAAAGGGAAAAAUUUCAUUUCUCUUUAUCUAUAUCUACUAAUUUUUCCCUAUAAAUUAAAAAUAUAUAUAUACCUCCCCUUUCUUCUUUAGUUGAAUUUAGAGAUGAUUACUGCUUCAUCCCUUUUGUUUUCAUGGGAUUUGGUUUAAUCUUGUGCAACGAAUAAUGGGUUGCCGGUCUGAUGUUUUACGGUGGUGUGAAGCGAAUGCGUAUUGUGUUACCUUACUGGUUGGGUUGAAUGUAGAUGAUGCUGAAUUGUUUGAUGAAACAUUUCUGGGAAUUCCAUUGAUAGAUAGGUAGUGGUUGUUUAGUGUGAUGAUAGAUAAUGUUGUAGAUUCAAUCUAGUUCUACUGCAAUUAGGUUUGUUCCGGUGGUAGGAGAAUGAACUGCUGGGGAUUUCAUGGGGCGGAGUAAUUAGAUAUUGAAUUGGUGCAAGACAGGAGAUAGAAUUUAGGUAGUGUAGUAGAUUAGAUAUUGACAAGAAGAUUGUGGAGGUAACAAAUUUACGUUAGACAUGGGGUUGCCUCAAGUGCCCUCCAGCAAUAUUGCUGAGGAAGUGGCCACAUCAUUGAGCACAUUUGUUCAAACUCCUGCUAGAUUUGCUGGCAUGAGUAGUUGUGAUAUGAGUGGAAUGCACAUAAGUUGCCUUAGCAAUCGGACAUCAGCGGAUUUUUCAUUCGUCUCGUCUAGGGAUGUUUCCAGGGAUGCUGAUAUUCUUAGUCUACAUAAAGAUGGUAUGACAAGCAUGCAUAAAUUGAGGAUUGAUUCUGCAGAAAAUCAUGGCUUCUUCACUCAUAAUGGUGGAAGGACUACCCAGAGUCCUGCAUCAAGGAUUGUUGGGUUCGAAUCAAAAAGUGCAAUAAAAAGCCAUGCUAGUUUGUUUGAAGCAAAUCCAUUGGAUAGCGUCGAUUCAUCUACUGUGGUUCGGGACAUUGACAGAAUGAGUGAGACUACAAGUUCAUUAGUUAGGAAACGCUUGUUGUCUCCUUUGAAUGGUAUGGUUCUUCCAGAUAAAUUUGCUGGUGAAUCUCUGGAUAUUGGUGGUAGUACUGUUCGGAGUAAUUCCAACUUCACUCGUGAUAAAUAUGGUGCUUCCUCACAAGAACAUAAAAAGGCUCAUAUAGGCAACACAGACAACUUUAGUAAUGAAAAUUGGUUCAUGCCAUCUUUCCCUAGGGGGAAUUGUUUGCCAACUGAAAACUGUGUAGAAGUCUCCUCUUUUGUCAUAGAUGGUCCUUUGUUCAAUGACGGGGGACCUGAAUCUGAGAUCCCUUUUACUCCUCCAUCCCCUGGGUUAAACUUUUAUGCACAUAUGAUAAAAACACAGUUGAAAGAUGGGAUAAUGGACAUGCCCGGAGAAUAUACAUUCUCGCCACCUCCGUCUCUUUCUCCUCUUGGACCAAAAUCUCAUAUAAGGUUGGGACGCGCAGAAAGGUUUAGGCAUUCCUGGGAGGAUCACGAUGAUAACUACUUAACUUUGAAGGAUGUGGAACAGUCACUUGAUCGAAGGCUUUCAGGCAUUUUAUCUCCCCGGAAGGAAGAGGAUCGCAAAACAGGAAGUGAUCUUUUUCAAGAUAUUGAAGUUUUUGAGAUGAACUUUGAACGUUCCACACCUGAAAGUAUAAGUGUCACGAGGCGGUCCAAGACACAAAAUUCAGUUCCUACAAAUCAAUGUGCAAGAUUUGGUAGAAGUCUUAGUGGACUGUCUGUCAAAAGGUCCUUAGUCGGUUCAUUCGAGGAGUCACUAUUAUCUGGUCGUUUGACAUCCAGUGUAGUCAGCCAGAGAAUUGAUGGUUUUCUUGCCGUCCUUAGUAUCACUGGUGGAAAUUUCUCGCCACAUCCUCAGAAACUUCCAUUUGCUGUAACUAGCGUAGAUGGUGAUAACUUCUUGCUUUAUUACUCAUCAAUAGAUCUUGGAAGACCAGGUAGUGAUGGUAAAGGCUCACAAAUCAAGAACUCUAGCACUAAUAAUUUACAAACAAACAAGGGCCGCCUACGUAUACCGAUGAAAGGGCGCAUACAACUGGUUCUAAGCAAUCCAGAGAGGACACCUAUCCACACAUUCUUAUGUAGCUAUGAUUUGAGUGACAUGCCAGCUGGUACUAAGACAUUUUUACGUCAAAAGAUAAAUUUGUUUAUGGAUAAAGCUGGAAACAAGAGUUUAGACAGAAAGAUGGAUAGUGAACCACCGUCAGUUAUUAGUGUUGAGGAAUCUAUGCUGCAUGAAAGCCAUUCUACCAAAUCUUAUGGUACUGGCAAGGCAGGCCAUUGUGGAACCAAACCUGCAAAUAGCACUUCAAAGGUGAAUGAGAGUACUGCUAAUUCUAGUGUUCUUCGUUACGCUCUACAUCUCUGGUUCUUGUGUCCCUACCCGAAGAAGAGCACAAAAUCAGGUAUUCAGUGCAAAGAUGAUCAGGAGAGACGAUUCUACUUGUAUAAUGAUAUGAGAGUAGUUUUCCCUCAACGACAUUCAGAUGCUGAUGAAGGCAAGUUACAUGUAGAACAUCAUUUCCCCAGAGAUCCCAAGUAUUUUGACAUCAGCGACUGAGAUGGUGAACUUUAUUCGAUGUCUCACCGUCUUAUUUCCGUUGUGCAUAAUGUAAAUGUUAUUCCUACUUCACCUGUAAAUUCUUUCCAAUAAAUAGUUUUAUCAUUGACCUGUACAGAAUUGUACAUAAGCAUUUUCUACCAUCAAUGGAAAAA